UGAACCUUCUUACCAACUCAUCAACAUGGUUUGAAUUUUCCGUUUCUUUAACAUUUUACUAUUCUUUACAUUUCCUUGUAUGCGUAAAACAUAAAUUUCUCUUUUGCGUGUAUACCAUAUAUAUCCAAAGGUGCCCAGGGCAUGUCUGACUGUGCUAUCAGCAGAUAGAUUUUGGAAGGAUAUGGAUGAUAGAACCUUUGUGUCUGGAAAUGGAGAUGAGGAACCACAGUUUCCCCCAUUGGCUAGGCAGGGUUCUAAUUACAAUCUAACUUUGGAUUGUAAUGAGGUUCAAAGCAAUUUGGGCAAUAUAAGCAAGCCUUUGAAUACAAAUAUGGCACAUUUGGAUGAGUUACUUAAAAAUGUGAUAUCAGUUGAUCAAGAAGGGCAGCUGCUGCAAAACCCUUCUUCUUCUCCUUCUUCCUCACUGCCCACUUCACUUUUUCUUGGGAAUUUCAAUUUGAAUGGACCAUUAAUGAGCAGUAAGAAGAAAACUAUGGAUCAGGUAUGGAAGGAAAUUGUUCAUCAUGAUCAUCAUCCUCUCAAUCUCAAUUCCGCUGCAGCCGAUGAAUCUUUGCAUCAUCAAAGAAUGACAACUAUUGGAGAAUCAACAUCAGCAACAACACCACCUGACCAUCUCCUAGUUCGAGCAGGUAUCCUAAAUGCUCAUCCAACGAUGCCCAUUGAUCCAACAGCUGCGGUAUCGCAGCAAGCAGAUUGGUUUCAGUUCCAAGUUGCUGCUGCUACUCAGCAGCAAAUGACAAUGUUGGACUCGAAUUUCAAGGUUUGUGAGUCAGUAUUUGAGAACUCUUCAUCAGCUAUGAAUCUUGACACUUACUCUGAGAAUCAUCAAGUGGGUAUGUCAUUUCCAAUGCCAGCAAUAUCAGCAGCAUCAUCUUCAGAGUCUCAGGCAACUCAUGCCCAGAGGAAGCGCAAUUACUCGGAUGAAAUGAAGGAGAAAAGUAUUGAGAGGAGGCAGAAGAGGAUGAUAAAAAACAGAGAGUCAGCAGCAAGGUCAAGGGCAAGAAAGCAGGCUCAUACCAUUCAGUUGGAGAGUGAAGUAUUUCACUUGAGAAAAAAGAAUACCUGGCUCAAAAAGCAAAAGGAAGUGGAGAUACUCUUAUCUUCAAAUCCUACUAAAUCCAUGCCUAAACACCAACUUAGGCGCAUCAGUUCAGCUUCCUUUUAG